UCCCCGCUGUAUGAGAACAACCACUAUCACGAGGAAUGCUUGAGGUGCAACUCAUGCGGUCUCAAUCUAACCGGACCCAACCAGAAGAGAGCCAGACGUUUCAAGAAUCAAAUCUUGUGCGAUCUACACUUCGCGGACGUCGCCCUGAUGGAGUGCUCGGAUUUUAUGCAGCAACUGCGCAGCUUUAAGCCGCAAUCGCUUGGAUGUGCUGUGGCCCGGCGGAAAAGCUCCACCACGUUGAUUUUUCCGCUGCCACCGCAGGCAUGCUCAGACGAAUUCUGCGAGGAUUUUCCGCACAACUUGAUUCCCACGCCCGGUUACUGGAUCGAAUGUUCCCGCCAGAAGAUUGCCUUCCCGAACCAGCACACCAUUUGGGACGAUAGCGAAUCUGAGCACGAGGAUGCUGCACGGGGUGGCAUCGACCCACCGCUGGAGCGAAACUGCAGCGACCUCUACGAGGACGACGAAGAUUCGGACAAUGUGCCAAGUCAGCGUUUCCGCAGAAAAAAGACAGCAAUCGAGGAACAGUGGGAACAGCAGCAAGGUUUCGAACUUACCUCCGUCGAGCAGGAAACGUACGAGAAGUACUUCUACGGGACCGAGCACUGGAACUACUUCACCAACGACGAGGACCUCGGUCCGGUCAUCCUCUCGAUCAAGCAGGAAACGAUCAACGGGCGCGAUCAAUUUCGGAUAUUAGUUAGAGCUAUAUCGUACACCGUACAUGGACUGAUACCAGCCUCCUGUGUUUUUGCUGAUAGGUAUAAUAGGGAAGAAGUAGUUAGAUCGUUAGGUAAGGAAGUAAACUUAAAUCCACCUUUAACGUUAGGACAAUUGCCAGAUACCCCGGAGGAACUUCUCAAACUGGAUCAGGUUUUCAUAAAAUCUGAACUGAAGGUGGGCGUCAUCUACGUGAAGGAGGGUCAAUAUACCGAAGAACAAAUUUUAGACAAUAAUGAAAAUUCACCGUUAUUUGAGGAAUUUUUACAGCUACUAGGUGAUAAAGUUAGAUUACGUGGUUUUGAUAAAUACAAAGGCGGCCUUGACACUGUUCACGAUUUAACAGGACUUUACUCCGUUUAUACAAACUGGCGUUCAAUAGAGAUUAUGUUUCACGUUUCUACGCAACUGCCGUACGAACGGCACGACCCGCAGAAGCUGCAGCGGAAGCGCCACAUCGGCAACGACAUUGUCUGCGUUGUCUUUCUCGAGGCGGACAAUACCGCCUUCAGUCCGGCGUGCAUCAAGAGCCAUUUUUUACACACGUUUAUUCUGGUUCGUGUAUCAGCUCGAAUUAAACGGAAACCGACCCGCUACGAAGUGUCGGUGGUUACGAGGGACGAAGUUGGUGCCUACAAACCGUAUCUUUGGGAGCAAUCGGUGUUCGAAAAGGGUCCUAUGUUUAGGGAAUGGCUGCUGACGAAGAUCGUGAACGGCGAGCGGGCGUCCUAUUCGGCGCCCAAGUUCGCCCGGAUGCAGGAGCGCACCCGUUCGCAGAUGCUCGAGGACAUCGUGGCCAACCUGGCCAACCACGCCGAAACCGGACAGAUCCCCAAACCAUACCGAAGGGGUUCGUGGAGACCCAUCGGUGAGGAUCCUUGCAUGUUACGAGUGACAGUUAGUUGCUGUAUGCGCGUCUAUGUGCCGCAUAGACACAUGAGGCCUUCUUCACCGCUACUAGAUUCGGUUAGAGAUCAGUUCGAGGACUACGAUCAAUUAGCGAAGGAUUUUACACGCGUAUUUUUAAACUCAGAACCGUCGUGUCUUCAGAACGCACAGCUAUUCGAUGUGGUGUUCCUGGUCGGGCAGCAGUCGAAACAGCGGGCCCGUUUCAUCGGCGUCCGCGCCAUCCUCGGCGUGCGGAGUCGCGUUUUUCAGGAAAUGCUGUAUGGCAUCCAAACCGGGUUCGGAUCACCCCAAGUUCCGGUCGCCGAGCUGCUGGCACGGCCAGCGCCAACACUUUUGUCGCCGCAAAACCAGCGACCGAAGAGCAGUAACUUUCUCCAGGUGCCAGACAUCGAAUCGCCCCGACCGAAAAGUGUUCCCUCGUCGCCGAUGGUGAAGCGCGCCUUCUCACGUCUCGGCACAAUCACGGCCGGCUGGGGACGAUCGAUUCGGAAACAGCAGUCCCAGCUUAAUGCCGACGACAAGAAGAAGUGGGCUUCCUCGCAGGACUGUUCAGAUAAGGAUGGCAAAGAGAGUAGUUCCAAAAAUAAGGCCAAUGCCAACCAGUUGGCCGUUCCAAGACUGUCCGUGUGUGCCGACGCGCAGAAGGUGGAUCGAGCGAAGCUAGCACAGACUGAGUUCACCAUCAUUGAGUUCGAUCCCGAGACGUUCCGAGUGCUGCUGGAUUACUUACAUACCGGCAGCUGUCCACUGACGUGCAUAUCAAUCCCUGGUCUCAUCUGUGCCGCGGAACACUACGAUCUCCCCGAGCUGUUACAGGCUUGUUUCCAUCACGCAAAACAGUUCCUACGGAUAGACGUCGUCUGUCCGAUGUUGACCUCGCUGGAGAACUACUACUGGCGGUACACGUCCGCUUCCGAGCUGGUGAACAUGAUUCUGGCGUUCGUCGAAACCCGUGCGUACGCCUUGUUUCAGACGUCGGAUUUCCUCACGCUCAGCGAAAGUAUGGUGCAGAUGAUCAUGUGCCGCAAUCUGGAGAUUCCUGAAGUGCGCAAAUUUGAAGCGAUGCUAGCGUGGGCAAAGCAAAAGGUGAAAUCGAAAGCAUCGGCCAAAACGGACGCCAAAGUGGAGUUCCGCUGCAUUAUGGAGCGAUUGGCACGUGAUCUGAAGUUACACCGGAUUUCCCCGCAAGAACUGAUCAAAAUCGUCCUUCCGUCGAAGGCAAUUAAGAAUGAGCGCAUCCUGGAAACGUUAAUGUAUCAGGCCAACAGUGGCAUGUACCGGAUCCAGGACAGCUACCUGGAGGCAUGUCAGCAGCGCCUUCAGAAGCAGGACAGCCGGUACAGUGAGUGGGGCGAGAGCUUCGACUGUGGCUUAUAG